AGGAAUAGAAAGAAGGGUCUAAUUUUAACUCUGGGACAGCAGAGACAGGUUGGAAUCCUGCCCACCCAAAAACAUACACACUUUGGAUCUUACCAUAGUGCUCACUCACUAAUGGCAGACAAUGACACGAAGGACCCUCCUCCACCAUACUACUCUGUGGCAGUGGAUUCACCACCCCCUCUCAUGACCUAUGAACAGGUGAUUCAUGAUGAUGUCACCAAGAAAACGGUACCGUACUAUGUUCAAAAGGAUCCGAAACAAGUAGCAGCCAUUAUCGUCACACAGCACACUGUCUCGCAUGCCAGUAGCAAGAAGCAGGAGUCUUGCGGACGGAGUGCCAAGUUUUAUGGUGGUUUGGCAGGUGUGCUUUUGCUGUUGGUACUCCUUGGAGUGGCCAUCUGGCUUGGAGUACAUUUUAGGCCCAAGGUGAUUUCAGUCCAGAAUGAAAGUAAUUGCAAGGGAAAUGAUUGCAACCAAGCAAAUGGACAUGAUAACGAACAUGGAAAUGAACAUGAAAAUGAACAUGAACAUGAAAAUGAACAUGAAAAUGAACAUGAACAUGGAAAUGAACAUGAAAAUGAACAUGAAAAUGAACAUGAACAUGGAAAUGAACAUGAAAAUGAACAUGAAAAUGAACAUGAACAUGAAGAAGGGCAUCGUGGGGACAUGAAGGUACCUGAAACCUGUUCAAACUUCUCAGUACCAUGUGACGCCAUCCAAGACUGCCAACAGUCUGACGAGACAAAUUGCGUGAGGUUUGGUGAUGGUGGAGUUUUGCAGGUCAAAACAGCUCAGGAUGGGCGAUUCCUGCCUGUGUGUUAUCAGGGCUCUGAUACCAGUUAUGCAGAUCAGAUCUGUGCCCAACUGGGAUUUAGAAGGUCCUAUGCAUUAAGUCCAGUGGAGAACACAGAUUCUGUAGCCCUUACUUUAAAACCUAGAACAGACAGUCUUAUUCAGGGUCUGGUCAAUGUUGGUUCGACCUGUCCGAAUGAGCAAGCAGUCUCCCUUCAGUGCAAUGACUGUGGCAAGCAGCAGACUACCUCCAGGAUCAUAGGGGGCAGUGCUUCUAAGUCUGGCCAGUGGCCCUGGCAGGUUAGCCUGCAUUUGAACGGAAGACAUGUUUGUGGUGGAUCACUCAUCUCUCCAGACUUUGUAGUGUCAGCUGCCCAUUGCUUCCAAGGGGCAAAGACGAAUACUGGAAGCUGGGGUGUGUAUGUUGGAGCUAUUUCCCAGAAUGAACUUCAGACCGCUUACCCUGUGAAGAAAAUUAUAGUGAAUGAGAAUUACAAUGAUCGCAGCAGUGACUAUGACAUUACCUUGCUGAAACUCAACAAACCUGUGGACUUCUCCAAUACUGUACAGCCUGUUUGUCUUCCUGGCUUUGACCAGAACUUUUCUGAAGCAUCAGAGUGCUGGACAUCCGGCUUUGGGGCAACAGAGGAAGGAGGAGGCCAUGCCUCUACAAGUCUCAUGGGAGUGACAGUGAAUAUCAUAGACUCACGUCUUUGUAACAGCAGUCGAGUAUACAAUGGGGCUAUCUCUAAAAAUAUGGUGUGUGCCGGCGAUAUGAACGGGGGCCGGGACUCCUGUCAGGGCGACAGUGGAGGUCCACUGGUGUGCAAGGGAGGUAAUGAACGCUGGUAUCUGGUAGGAAUUACGAGUUGGGGAGAUGGCUGUGGAAAACAACUUAGACCAGGAGUAUAUAGCAAAGUGACAAACCUACUGCCCUGGAUCUACAGCAAAAUGCAGCAAGAGAAGCCCUGAUGCCUCUCUUCUGUGCGGUGUGUCUAUCCCUGAGUCUUUGAACAAAGACAGUGGACACACAAAUGGACAAACUGAUAUACGUGGUGGAUGGGACAUGAAGAACAGGGCACUAUGACAUGGGACAGUGUUGCAAUACUGUAGCCACAAUCUGACACAAAAAUAUGGACUUAACUUGAUGAUGCUGUUCCCACAUUAUACUUUGAAAAUAUAAUAUAUGAUCACACAAACUGGAAAGGUAGAGCUUGGAAGAGAUCCCUGUUGUUCCCUUCUGUUGCGGUGCUUUCCAUUUGCUACCCUUUCUUAUCUUUGCAUUGUACAGUACUGUAAGUUUACAGCACACUGCUGAAUCUGAGCCUUUGCUGCCUCUUCAAAUUAACAGGAUCCUUGCACUGAUUUUUACUACAAAAAUGUAUUGGGAGUAUUGUUUAUGAAUUUGCUGCUCUCUUCAACAAAUCUGUAUUUUAUAACCAAAGGGGUGUUAAUUUUAUUUGAAAAUUGGUGUCUAUGAAUUAAGAUGAAAUGUUAUGUAUUGCUUUAUGUGAAGGAUCUGAACUACACUGAGUAGCCUAAAUACAUGCCUUCUUUUUCCGUGUCUUCUCAUAACAUCAUAUUGUUUCUUUAUGAAUCAUGUCAAAAUCAAAUACAAUUUAAUGUUUAUUCUCAGUUUAUUUUUGCACAGGAAAGUUGUCACAAUGGCUAAACCUUGUAAUUGUUUUACUGUAAUCUUUUUUAAUUGUAUAAGCUAUUUAAAGGAAUAAUAUUGAUUACCACAAAAAAUAA